AUGGCGGCCGCCCGAGGCCGAGGCGUCCUUCUCGCCGUCCUCCUCUUGAUGAUGGUGGCGUUUGCGUUCGUCGACGCAGACAUAUACAAGCCAACGGACUCCAUUCUGGUUCACUGCGGGUCGGACAAGGACGGGCAAGACGAGGACGGCAGGAAGUGGACCGCCGACAAGGACAGCAAGUGGCUCCCCGACGGGGGCAAGUCCUCCGUCAUGGGCACCGCCGACGUGCCGGACCCGUCGCUCCCCUCCCCUGUGCCCUACAUGACGGCGCGGGUCUUCCCCAAGGAGACCGCCUACACCUUCCCCGUGGCCGACGCCGACCGCCACUGGGUGCGCCUCCACUUCUACCCGGCGGCCUACCACGGCAUCCCCGCCGACCACUUCUUCUUCUCCGUCACCACCUCCACCGGCGUCACGCUGCUCCGCAACUUCAGCGUCUACACCACCGCCAAGGCCCUCACCCAGGCCUACAUCGUCCGGGAGUUCUCCCUCCCUCCCUCCACCACCGGCUCGCUCUCCCUCAAAUUCACGCCCACCGCCAUGAACAACGCCUCCUACGCCUUCGUCAACGGCAUCGAGAUCAUCUCCAUGCCCAGCUUCUUCGGCGACCCGGCCACGCUGGUCGGUCUCGACGACCAGUCCCUCGACGCCAGCGCCGGCAACCUGCAGACCAUGUACCGGCUCAGCGUCGGCGGCUCCUACAUCCCUCCCGCCAACGACUCCGGGCUGUCCCGUGAGUGGUUCUCCGACACACCCUACGUCUACGGCGCCGCCACGGGCGUCACCUUCGAGGCCAACGACACGAUCCCGAUCAAGUACCCGACCCCCGCCGACGAGUAUGCCGCGCCCGUCAGCAUCUACGACUCGUUCCGCCACAUGGGGCGCGACCCCAAGAUGAACAGGAACAACAACCUCACCUGGGUGUUCGAGGUGGACGGCAACUUCACCUACCUCCUCCGCCUCCACUUCUGCUCGCUCAUGGAAGACAAGAUCAACCAGGUCGUCUUCGCCAUCCUCGUCAACAACAAGACGGCCACCACCACCGGCAGCGCCGACAUCAUCGCCUGGGCCAAGGAGAAGAACCCUGCUAAUCCCGGCGCGCCCGGCAAAGGCGUGCCGGUCUUCAAGGACUACGCCGUGUUCAUGCCCGCCGCUCCGGCAGGCAGCGACACCAUCCUCUGGCUCACGCUGCGCCCAGACACCGCCACCAAUCCACAGUUCGUCAACGCUUUCCUCAACGGCCUGGAGGUCUUUAAGGUGAGCGACGCCUCCGGCAACCUGGCCGGCCCAAACCCCGACAUCUCCAAGAUGCUGGCGGAGGCCGAGCUGGGGGCCGUGGACGGGCAGUUCAGGGAGAAGCCGAGCAACGUCGGGGCGCUCAUCGGCGGGGCGGCGGGCGGCGCGGCGGCGUUCGGGCUGGUGGCGGCCGUGUGCUUCGUGGCGUACCAGAGCAAGAGGAGGAGGGAGCUGAGCAGCAGCCCGUCGCACUCCUCCUCCGGGUGGCUGCCGGUGUACGGCGGCAACUCGCAGACGAGCGUGAGCAAGUCGUCGGGCGGCAGGAGCGCGGUGACGCUGAACCCCAACAUCACGGCCAUGUGCCGGCACUUCUCGUUCCAGGAGAUAAAGUCGGCGACCAAGGGGUUCGACGAGUCGCUGGUGAUCGGCGUGGGCGGGUUCGGGAAGGUGUACCGGGGGGUGGUGGACGGGGACACCAAGGUGGCCAUCAAGCGGAGCAACCCGUCGUCGGAGCAGGGGGUGCUGGAAUUCCAGACGGAGAUCGAGAUGCUGUCCAAGCUGCGGCACAAGCACCUGGUGUCCCUCAUCGGGUGCUGCGAGGACAACGGCGAGAUGAUCCUGGUGUACGACUACAUGGCGCACGGCACGCUGCGGGAGCACCUGUACAAGAGCGGCAAGCCGCCGCUGCCGUGGAGGCAGCGGCUGGAGAUCGUGAUCGGCGCCGCCCGGGGGCUCCACUACCUGCACACGGGCGCCAAGUACACCAUCAUCCACCGCGACGUCAAGACCACCAACAUCCUCGUCGACGAGAAGUGGGUGGCCAAGGUGUCCGACUUCGGGCUCUCCAAGACGGGGCCGACGGUGCAGAACCAGACGCACGUGAGCACCAUGGUGAAGGGCAGCUUCGGGUACCUGGACCCGGAGUACUUCCGGCGGCAGAAGCUGACGGAGAAGUCGGACGUCUACUCGUUCGGCGUGGUGCUGUUCGAGGUGCUGUGCGGGCGGCCGGCGCUGAACCCGAGCCUGCCGCGGGAGCAGGUGAGCCUGGCGGACCACGCGCUGAGCUGCCAGCGGAAGGGCACCCUGGAGGAGAUCAUCGACCCGGUGCUGGAGGGGAAGAUCGCGCCCGACUGCCUCAAGAAGUUCGCCGAGACGGCGGAGAAGUGCCUGGCGGACCAGGGCGUGGACCGGCCGUCCAUGGGCGACGUGCUGUGGAACCUCGAGUUCGCGCUGCAGCAGCAGGACACCUUCGAGAACGGCGGGAAGCCGCCCGAGGUGGACGACUACAGCAGCAGCUUCACCAUCACCCCGCCGUCCAUGGAGGAGAGCCUGGCGGCCAACGCGGCGGCGCUCUCGCUCAUCAGCGAGGACAUGGACGAGGAGGACAUCGCCAACAGCGUCAUCUUCUCCCAGAUCGCAAAACCCACCGGACGAUGAUCUUCACUCCACUUCGCUUCACUUCACUUGAUGCACGGACGUCUCGUCUCGUGUAACAGAUGAGAUCAGAUCCUAGAUCAGAUCGAAUGUGUUGUAGUACCCCUCCCUACGUACCACCAGCACACAAGACAGCAGACAUGCAUGCAUUCAUGGAAAUGCAUGCAUGCAGACGGCCCGUCGAUCGGCCUGGGUGGGUGCAUCGGAGACUGUGUCGUACGUACCAGCUGCUCUAUAUACUGUAUGUAUAUGUAUGUAUGUAUAUGUUCCCCAAUUAGUGUAAAGGAAAACUUGUAAUACAAACUCGAGUCUUCUUCAA